AAUCUCUGUGGCCGUUCCAUAUGAAAUAAGGUUAGUUUACUCAGUACGUGAAGAUACGUGGAGUCGAUCAGACAGGAGCGUGAAACGCGCAACGCCAACAACAACACUAACAACAAAGCUAACGAAAUACGCGAAACACGCGAAAAUAAAAUAACACAAUAAAAAUAAUAAAACUUAAAGAGAAAAACAGAUUAAAGUUUAAUUGACUUCAACAAGUUGUUGACCACUUUGUACAGAAACAACGGAUACACACAUCAUGACGGCCAAGGCAGCAAUUGCAGCUGAGCAACAUGAAUCGGUAGAACCAGAAACACCACCCACACCACCCACUCCACCAACACCACCUCUUCCACAAACGGAGCUAAGUGAAAUAUUUUAUGUGGAGAAUCGACGACGCAAACAGAAUAUUAAAAUUCAGGUUAAACUUUGUAAAGAAGGCGUCUAUCUACGUCGAGAGACGGCAGAAAAUGAUCACAUCAAUGAGCAGCUGAUAAGGAUUGAGGAUAUAAUUGGUUCUAGUUGUGGGCAACGGUUAAAGAAGCGAGCACGCGGUGGUCUCAACUCUUGCAAGAAUCCCAGCAAGGAUACGCAGGAGGAGGUGGAACUGCCAGAGGAUCAACAGUCAACGGUGGGCGGAAAAAAACAACAAACUCAAACCGAUAAAAGUGCAUAUCUCUAUAUCUAUGCAUAUCUGAAAAAGGAAAAACCUCUGCGACGUGUUCAAACGCUCAGGAUUUUGCGUUUUCGAUCCUGUGAUGAAUAUGCCGAGAAUUUGAGUACGGCUAGACUUUGGCAUCGCACAAUACGAGAGCAUAAACAACAAUCGGGAGCUGCGGGAGAAACAGCGAGAGCAGCAGGCAAAAAGAUAUUGAUACUACUUAAUCCCAAAUCCGGUUCGGGCAAGGGACGUGAACUAUUCCAAAAGCAGGUGGCACCGCUGCUAAGAGAAGCGGAGGCUCAAUACGAUCUACAGAUCACAACACAUUCACAAUACGCACUGGAAUUUGUGCGAUCACGCAAAGAUCUUCUUGAACGCUAUGCGGGCAUUGUGGUUGCCUCCGGUGAUGGACUCUUCUACGAGGUGCUCAACGGUCUAAUGGAACGUUUGGACUGGCGACGUGCUUGCCGUGAAUUAUCACUUGGCAUUAUACCUUGUGGAUCGGGUAAUGGUCUGGCCAAAAGUAUUGCCCAUCAUUGUAAUGAACCAUAUGAUCCAAAGCCCAUACUUCAUGCCACACUCAUUUGUGUGGCCGGACGUGCCACACCAAUGGAUGUGGUAAGGAUCGAGUUGAGUCAUCGGGACAAGCACUUUGUGAUGUAUUCAUUUCUAUCGAUCGGUUGGGGUCUAAUCGCUGACAUUGAUAUUGAAAGCGAAAAAUUGCGAUCGAUUGGUGCACAACGAUUCACAUUGUGGGCAAUUAAACGACUCAUCACACUGCGCACAUAUCGGGGAAAACUCUUCUAUCUGCCGGCUAAAACAAAGAAUACCACCAACAUAGAGAUUGAUCCAGUUACAGUGCCAACUCCGAAACAAUCACCACAACCAACCGAAAAAGACGUCAGACUGAGCCGCAACAGAUCUUUGGUACGUCGUUCAUUGCCCACAGCGAAUCGUGUAACCAGCGAGUUUAAGGAUCUGGCAGAUGACAACGAUGAUGUGGAGCUUCGUGAUGAUUCCAACGCCGAUCUCGAUCUCUUUGCCGAUGCAAUGUCGAUGACGGAUCGUUCGACUUAUCGCCAAAAUGCAGACAGUUGGCAUUCGGCGGUGUCACGUCGCACCGCAUAUUAUUCCAUAGGUGGUCAAAGCACGAGAUCGAAUCGCAGUCGUCUCAGUGUGGCACAGAAAAUCGAGGAUGCCAAUGCUGAGUUCAUGCAACUCGUGCCGACGGGCAAUAUGCCGAGUCUGCACUUGCCACUGCCCGCUGACCAGGGCUGGAUCUGCGAGGAGGGUGACUUUGUGAUGGUGCAUGCUGCAUAUACCACACAUCUGGCAUCGGAUUGUUUCUUUGCUCCGGACUCCAAGCUAAAUGAUGGCCUCAUUUAUUUGGUAAUCAUAAGAGCUGGCGUUGGACGCUCACAGUUGCUCAACUUUCUGCUCAGCAUGAAUAAUGGGACACAUCUUCCCGAACAGGAGGAUCCACAUAUUCUUGUGGUGCCGGUAUCAGCUUUUCGGAUUGAGCCAAGUGGCAAUAACGGCAUUCUUACCGUUGACGGUGAACAUGUGGACUAUGGACCUAUCCAGGCUGAAGUAUUUCCGGGUCUGAUCAAUGUAAUGACUACAACGGGACAAUGAGUUCCCAAAAAAAAAAAA